GAAGCAGGAAACCUGUUUCCACUCGCCUCGCGGACAUUCCUGCCUGUGGAAGGAAGAGUUUUUACGACACACACACGGAGAGUGUGGGAGUAUUUUCAGCCGAGCUGCAGCUCCGGAUCCAUCAUGUUUGUCUCCAGGUCCGUGUGCAGGUUCGGUUUCUGCCGCUCUCCACGCAAAACACACGACGGGAUCUACACAUCCAGUUCUGUCUGGAUUCUUUCUCGCUACAGCAGUCGACCGACGACCAAAGAUGUGUCCGUUCGUUACAGCUUCGGUCGCCCGGUCCUCUCCGUGCGUCUUCCUGCAGGUCACGAGGGUCGUUUCACUCUGACGCCAAUGUUGACCACAGUGGGCGACCUGCUGCGAGACAUCGCCGCCAAAGACCGCGGAGUUCACUCCGCCGUCCUGCUCAACGGAGAUGGACAGAGAAUCUCCUCCUGCACGUUCAUGGAAACAGUUUUAAAUAAAGACUUCCAGCUCGUCAUCAACGACGUCACACACAACGUUCGUUCUUUCGGGCAAGGUCCGUCUCACGAGCACGUGUCGGGCGUGGACGACGUGAAGUACAUGGUCAGACUCCUUCACGCGGCUCUGACGCUUCCUCAGCGGCAACACGCCAAACACUCGGAGCUGCUGGUGAAACAGGAGAAGCUGAAAGAGCAGCUGAAGCCUCUGGAGACGGUGAAAGUCCAGAUGGCAAAGGACGCACACUCAAAAGCGUCGAUGUUGGGGUGGGUGGGGCUUGCCUACCUGUCACUGCAGGGAGGGUUCCUGGGUUAUCUCACCUGGAAUGUGUUUGAGUGGGACACCAUGGAGCCUGUCACCUACUUCAUCACCUACACCACCAGCAUGAUCUUCUUCUCCUACUACAUGCUCACACGACAGGAUUUCUUCUGUCCGGACGUGCAUGACCGUCAGUUCCUUCACUUCUUUUACCGCAAAGCGUCUCAUCAGAAGUUUGACGUUGUCAAAUACAAUGAGCUCAGAGACAAACUGGCACAGGUGGACGACGACCUGCAGAAGUUGAGAAGUGCCAUCCGUCUGCAGAAGCCGGUCAACAAGGUUCAAAAUGUUUCCUAGUAUUUUUUCAAGUUCUCCUUUUAUGUUUUUUUUUUUUUUU